GGGAGGUAGGCCGUGGUUGCAGGCAGUGGGGCGGGCAGGCCGGGUCCGCCGGGGUCCCCGGGGUGCUGCCCCCGCCGUGUGCCAUAGCGGCUCCUCCAGGUCAGGGGCCCCGGGGCUGGCGGGGUCCGAGAGGCUGUUCUCCAGACCUCGUGUUCCCCGCACCGAGCGAUCGAGCCCAGAGUCCUGCAGAGGACGCUCGUCAGCGCGUUCUUACCACUGUCAUCUUGUCACCCCUUUGUUUAGCUCCACCCCCCGGGCUGGGAAACCCGGCCGCUGACGGUCGGUGAUCCCCCGGGCCCAGGCCCCGGGCUGCCCCGCCUUGUCUCCCCCGGGCCACGCGCCACGAGCCCGGGAUGCAGCUCUCCAGCAGGGCGGCAGCCAGGGAAGCGGCGAGCCGCGACGUGCUGGCCGCGGACCUCCGCUGCAGCCUCUUCGCCUCGGCGCUGCAGAGCUACAAGCGGGACUCGGUGCUGCGGCCCUUCCCCGCCUCCUACGCCCGCCACGACUGUAAGGACUUCGAGGCCCUGCUUGCAGAUGCUGGCAGGUUACCCAAUCUGAAGGAACUUCUCCAGUCCUCCAGAGACACAGACAAACAGGCUUGGGACCUAGUGAGCUGGAUUUUAUCCUCCAAGAUCCUGACAAUCCACAGUGCAGAGAAGGCAGAGUUCGAAAAGAUCCAGCAGCUGACUGGUGCCCCUCACACGCCUGUUCCCACCCCGGACUUCCUAUUUGAAAUCGAGUACUUUGACCCAGCCAACGCCAGAUUUUAUGAGACCAAAGGAGAACGAGACCUCAUAUAUGCCUUCCAUGGCAGCCGCCUAGAGAACUUCCACUCCAUCAUCCACAAUGGUCUACACUGCCACCUAAACAAGACAUCUUUGUUUGGGGAAGGGACCUACCUCACAAGUGACUUGAGCCUGGCCCUCAUUUACAGUCCUCACGGCCAUGGGUGGCAACACAGCCUCCUUGGACCAAUCCUUAGCUGUGUAGCCGUGUGUGAGGUCAUCGAUCAUCCAGAUGUCAAGUGCCAAACCAAGAAGAAGGAUUCCAAGGAAAUGGACCGCCGCAGAGCGAGAAUCAAGCACAGCGAAGGGGGAGAUGUCCCCCCCAAGUACUUCGUAGUCACCAACAACCAGCUCCUGCGGGUGAAGUACCUGCUGGUGUACGCCCAGAAGCAGCCCAAGAGAGGAGACCCCUCUACUGGGUCAUUGUCCUUGGAGUUGGAGCCUGUGAACUACCUGGGGCACUGGAAAUGCACCAUCUCUCUGCAUAGACCUGCAGUCAUCAUAUCCCAAUGGCUUGUUUCAGAGAAGUGGAAAGAGAGAGGUGAGGCAGAAUGAUCCCUACGGCCUUGGGAUAGUGCUGACACUCUGCCUUGAUGACAUGAUGCAUUUGGAGGGGAGCAGAGUGUUCUCAUCCUAGGCCUGUUUUGGAGAUCAAGCUUAUGGCGGGACUGUUUCCUGAGAGGGAAGACAACCCCCGGAAAAGCACUGGUCACCAGGCUCUGCUAAGUCAUCUUGUCAGGAGCAGAGUUGAUGUAGCAGGGUCUCUGCCACUGUCCGAGAGUCCAGCGCCCAGCUUUAACUUGACCAAGUUAUGAGAGGAGCCAGGGACGAAGGGCAGAGCCCUCAGGAAGAGGAGCCCCCCUCUCCUCAACACACACCAUCUGCUUCUGUGCCCUAGGAUCCUGGCCUGAGAUUACUGGGGUGGGGUGAUGGGGGAGAGAGGGGAUGCCUCAGCCAUCUGCAGCCGGAAGUCCUUUAGGAUGCCCAUCUCUUCCCCUUCCCAGCUGCAGACAGGACGGUGGAGGAGCAGACAGCGUGGGAGGGUUGGGGUAGCUCAGGAGUCUCUGUGGACAGGUGUCUCGACCCUGGUCUGUCUUGGGCCUCAGGCUGUGCUUUUGUCUGGCUGUUCACAUCUGUGUGGGUUUGGGGGACUGUCCUGGGCCCGCCUGUGUGGGCAGCUGUGUUUUCGUGGGAGCUGGUUUCUUUGGUAGAAAGUGUGCUUAUGUGUACUUAGGCCUGGGUGUAAGUGUCCACACCUCUGAGUAAGCCUUUGCAUGUGGGUGUCAUGGAGGAUAAACUAUGGGCUCUGUGUCUUCACAGAGAUGAGGGGAGCUGCUCCUUUGGGGUCAUUUUGGAGUAACCGUGAGCUUGUCUUUAUAGACAUUAAGCUUAGGUAUUUGUCUCUGGGAACAUGCAGAUUUGUCUGUAGUAGGUCACUGAGCCUCUGGGAACAUAUGGGUGGCCUCUUUAGAUUUAUUCAGAAGCAUUCAUCUCACAUUCAUUGACUCAUUCAUAACAUUAUACACUCAUGUAUUCAGGAGACAUUUCUGAAGUGCUUACUCAGUGAUGUCCUGUACUUGGCACUGACAAUCUGGAGGGUAUUGGUCACGUAGAGCUGUGCUGUGGCCUUCUGGGACCUUUCUUGUCUAUUUCUUAUGGGAUGAAACAAUGACAGUCGAAGAGCUAAGAGCACUAUACAUCAGUCCAAGUGUCCAGUGUCUGCCUUUGCCUGGAGACAUAUUUGGUGUCUGCCUCCAUGUUAGCUACAUGUAUGUCUGAUUUUCUAGAGGACACAGCCAGCGCACAGCUUUCUGCCUUCCCUUUCCCUGCUGGGGUUGACUUAGGACAAUGAGAUGUGCUGGGGUGUUAGAAAGAGCACGCAUCAAGAGUUCAAGCUCCUGUCCUACACCCAUCUGGGUCUCAUCUGGGGAGUAGUUCACCAUAAAACUACAGCCAGGCGGUGGUGGUGCAUGCCUUCAAUCCCAGCACUUGGGAAG